UUGCGGGAACCUCCCCCUGAUCCUGAGCGCAGCCUUUACUAUCCCCUGUACCUUGACCUGGACCUGGAGCGUGGCCCAUGGGAUGAUGAUGAGUUCGAUGUGGAUGAGGUGGAGGAGGGCCCCGUCUUUGCUCUGUGCAUGGCAGGGGCUGGUGACCAGCGCACCUUGGCCAAGUGGAUCACGGGGCUGCAGCAAACCAACCCUGUCCUUGGCCAGACACCAGUGAUCUUCCGCCUGGGGGAUGGGGAUUCCUCUGCUGGAUCCCCAGGAGACGGGGAUGCAUUGCAUCUGGAGGGGUCAGGGGCAGCCAAGUUGGAGCCCCCUGAGGUGACGUGGGGCCGCCGAGCACAGGGAG